CGUGCGCUCUCAUAGACAAGCCUCUCGUCAGUAUUCGCUCGGCGCACGGAUGCCGGGCGUCGACCCCUCACAGCCCAGGAACAUGUCCCUGGCGGAGCCGUACAUCAGGCGCUCCAUUACCGAAAGGCUCCUUCGCAAGCACCGAGAGAGCUCGGCAACCUCGCUGCUCGAACACACGCUGAUAGCCCCUCUGACAAUCCUGCCCGAGAUGGCGAGUCCCCGUCCUUCAAUGGCGGUGACGAGACGAGAGGCGCGCAGUACUGCGUCGCCUAGAAGCGGGGCACCUACUGGCAAUGGGUCCACAAGCGCUUCGCCUACGAGGGUUGCGUCUACGGACGGCGCCCCUACAAGCGGUGCACCUACAAGCAGCAGUGGGACAACGAGAAGUACGGCUACCGGCGCUGGGCCUGCCAGCAGUGCCCAUCCAAGCGAUGCAACUCCAAGCACUCGGCUUACAAGCGCCGUGCACACUGACGGUGCCUCUACUAGCGGUGCGCCUACUGCCGGUGCACCUACCAGCGGUGCGUCAGAAACAGAAUAUUUCUUUUUUUUUAUUGCGAGGAAGUGAUAAACGAAAAUUUCGCAUUGGUUUACGGGCCACGGAUACUGUUGUGCGUAACGUUGCGACGUCUCGACUACAGGGCUUCCUGCGCGUUCGCCCAAAAAGAAAAAAACAAAAAAAACAAUUAAAAAAUGAAAAAGAAAAUUUUUGCAUAGAGUUCGGCCUAAAGCGUGAAGUAGAGAGUAUAAUCGUUUGCGCAUUUGCUGAGAACCACUGUCUUGUAGCGACCUUCGCGAAACUGUGUUCGAACUAGCUGGUUGGUAAAGACUGAACGUUGUAGAACUGAACAGUUUGCACUGUUUGGGGUGUAUCUCUGUACCGCAGCAAUAAUCCUCAUCUGCCUUGCUGGCAUUUCUUUUAAUGCACAGCUCUUGGGCGCCCGUUCCUGCGGCAAGCAUCGGCGUCGGCGUCGUAAGCGUGUGAACAACCACACCGAAAGAUGAAAGAGCGAACGCGGAGCGGGAGAUGAAAUACGCAAAUGAAGCUUAGAACGAGAGAAAGCUGAGCUAGUUGGUAAGGAUUCACUAUGCAAGAAAAGGUGAGGCGUGCUGCGUUCCCGUUGUCCACUUCUCUUCUGUUGUGUCCUGUCUGCACGCCUCACCUUUUCUUGCAUAAUGAAAUACGCAAGCCGUGAACGGGGAGACCGAUGAGAGCGGCCCCUUCAGUGAUGUGCGCGCGGGCAACUGCUGUCAUGCGGACCACCUGACCCCUCGAUGCGUACUAGUAUCUGGUC